AGACACAGCAGUUGUCACUAUGAUUGGGAAAAGGCAUGAUAUUUACUUUCCAGAAGAGCCCCAGAGUUGUGCUCCAUGCCCAGCAUAGCAGAACUUGUGGAUUUAUCAGGGGAGCACACUAUGAGGCUGGGGAGACCCUGCCAUCCAGUCCUCUACAGAGAUCCCAGUAGGUAUUGGGAGGGUGCAGUCCAUGGGCUCGGGGAAGACAAAGGCAGAGGAAAGUAAAGAGGAGAUAUAGAUCAUAGUGAGAAGACUUGUUCAUUUAUAGAAGGACUGGGAAGCUGUACAUCCCUGAGGGAGGGGCUGAGCACUAACAGGACUGUAGGGGCCACCACCACCACCAGCAGCAACAGCAGCAGCAGCCAGCAUCCCUAGCACCACUUCUGCUGAGGGACCACAACCAAGGUGUCAAGCAGAUCAUGAGGUGAUAUCAGCAAGGCUGGGAGAUGAGGAACAUCUGACCCGACUUCAGGCCACACUACAACACAAGCUCACCAGACUGGAUAACAUUAUUGGCAUCUACAUACGAGGCAAUCCAUUGACCCUUACAUUGGAGAUGGACUGUACAGUCAAGUCAUCAUUUAGUUUCACCCGAAAAAUACUUGUGUCCUGUUUUAUUUUCAGCUUGUAUAUUAUACACAGCACUCCGCAGAUGACGACUGCUUCCAUUAAAGAAGACACAAAUGAUAAUAUCACCAUAUUUACUCGAAUACUUGAUGGUUUACUGGAUGGUUAUGACAACAGACUACGGCCUGGACUUGGAGAAAGAAUUACUCAAGUGAAAACAGACAUUUAUGUAACAAGCUUUGGACCAGUGUCGGAUACAGAAAUGGAAUAUACCAUUGAUGUAUUUUUCCGCCAAAGCUGGAAGGAUGAAAGACUUAGCUUUCAAGGACCUAUGCAACGUCUUCCUCUUAACAACUUACUGGCCAGUAAAAUCUGGACACCAGACACGUUUUUUCAUAAUGGUAAAAAAUCAAUUGCUCACAACAUAACAACCCCCAACAAACUACUACGCCUCGAGGAUGAUGGCACACUGCUCUAUACAAUGAGAUUGACAAUUUCAGCGGAAUGUCCCAUGCAGCUAGAAGACUUCCCAAUGGAUGCUCAUGCAUGCCCUCUAAAAUUUGGAAGCUAUGCAUAUCCUAAUUCGGAAUUGAGGUACGAAUGGACCAAUGUGACUCAUAAAUCUGUAGUAGUGGCAGAAGAUGGAUCUCGUCUGAAUCAAUACCAUCUGAUUGGUCAGACUGUUGGAACUGAAAAUAUCAGUACAAGCACGGGUGAAUAUACAGUGAUGACUGCACAUUUCCAUUUAAAAAGAAAAAUUGGUUAUUUUGUCAUCCAGACUUAUCUGCCCUGUAUAAUGACUGUCAUAUUAUCCCAGGUGUCAUUCUGGUUAAAUAGAGAGUCAGUUCCUGCUCGGACAGUAUUUGGUGUUACAACAGUGCUCACCAUGACAACACUAAGUAUAAGCGCUCGGAACUCACUGCCAAAGGUUGCCUAUGCUACUGCGAUGGACUGGUUUAUAGCUGUAUGCUAUGCCUUUGUUUUUUCGGCACUUAUUGAAUUUGCAACUGUCAACUAUUUCACUAAGAGGAGCUGGGCCUGGGAUGGAAAGAAAGCACUUGAAGCUGCAAAAAUAAAGAAAAAAGAGCAAGAAUCUAUUGGAAGAAAACCCAUCAAUACCUAUGGUGGAGGAAGAAUAACCUACACACCCAACAUUUCAAAAGACCUUAGUUCAUCUGUCAUCUCAAAUCCUGCUUCUUUGCAUAUGAAAGUUGAAGAGAAGUGUCCAGAAAACAAAAAGACUUACAACAGUGUCAGCAAGAUUGACAAAAUGUCUCGAAUAGUUUUCCCCGUCAUGUUUGGAACUUUCAACUUAGUGUAUUGGGCAACAUAUUUGAACAGGGAACCUGUCAUCAAGGGGGCAGCCUCGUCCAAGGCAUCUCAAGUAUUGCCAAUACACAUCUAAGCCAUAUUUCCGCACCUGACUAUACCAAUGAAAGUAACACAGUAGGUCCAGGACAUUUUUUUUUUAAAUAUUAUUUUCUUAUGUUUGUUUUAUUUAUUUAUUUAUUUAUUUUUUUUGGCAUGAAUAGUCACUGGCUCGAUCUGCUCAUAUGAAUGUCUUACCUCAUUUUUUAAAAGAAAAGGAAAAAGACUAAGGCCAAAAACCUGUCUUACGUUGCUACAUUAACAAUUAAAAUCUUGUAAUGUCUUAUCUAAAUAUUGCAUCUACUCAUUUUAGAGACAUGACUGAUAUGGCAGUGAUAUGAUUUAAGUAAACCAAUGGAAGAAAGGUAUUAGACAAUUUCUGUGAACAUUUAGGUCUUAAGCCAUAUUUAGAAAUAUCCAAGAAGAGUACUUAUUACUUUUAUUAGGAUAAACAUGGAACUGUUAUGCCACAAUGAAAUAAAAAUUUUUCUUAAAGGGCCAGUAUUUUAAUCCGCUGUAUCCAAUGUAACCUGCUGUAAUAUAUUGUAUAUCAAUGUAGUUAAUGUGUGUGCCAUAUUUUUCUAAUGAUACAGUAUUUUGGUGAUAGGAGAGCGCAACAAUAAUUUUUGCUAGUGAGUCUACUGCAUGGAAUUAUAAUGCAGAAUAGCUUAAAUACACACACAUGUAU